UCAGGGCGGUACGGGUGGCUUUUUGGAACACGUGGGCGUGCUUGGAGUUUGCUGGACCGCAUUUCGCCGCUGCAGCCAUGGAAGAAGGCAAGCCGAGCCCCGGGCAGGCAGUAGAGGCAGAAGCCGGGUCUGAAUGGAACAUUCCGCCCAACGCUCCCGCCUGCAUGGAGCGCCACCUGGACGGGGCCCAUUAUCGAACAGAUGGUUCUCUGCUCCUGGGAGCAUCCAGUUUGAGUGGACGUUGCUGGGUUGGUUCCAUUUGGGUGUUCAAAGAUCCAUCAAAAGCUCCUAAUGAAGGCUUUUGCUCUGCGGGUGUACAAACUGAAGCAGGAAUAGCAGAUCUGAAAUGGGUAGCAGACAAAGGAAUCUUGGUAGCUUCAGAUUCAGGUGCUCUGGAACUUUGGGAGCUGGAUGAGAACGAGACUCUGAUAGUGAACAAAUUCUGCAAAUACGAGCAUGAUGACAUUGUGACCACCGUGAGUGUCCUUUCCAACAACACACAGGCCAUCAGUGGCAGCAAAGAUUUCAGUGUGAAGAUCUGGGACAUCCCUCAACAAACAGUACUUAGCACAUAUAGAGCUCAUUCUGGUCAAGUGGCCUGUGUGGCCUCCUGCCCUGGAAAGGAUACAGUGUUCCUGUCCUGCGCUGAGGACAGCAGGGUUUUACUCUGGGAUACACGAUCUCCAAAACCAGCAGCUCGAAUUGCCUGCAAUGCCUCUACUAACCUUUCUACCUCACUGGUAUGGCAUCCACAUCAAAAUGACACUUUUGUAUUGGGUGAUGAAAGUGGGAUGAUUGCACUUAUAGAUACAAAGAAUCCAGAUACUGUCAUCAGUUCAGCUGUGCAUUCCCGUAGCAUCACAGGAUUUGCUUUUUCUACACACAGUUCACCUCUGCUGGCUUCUAUCAGCGAAGAUUGUUCCGUCGUUGUUCUUGAUUCCAGUUUUUCAGAAGUUUUUAGGAAUCGGUCUCAUCGAGACUUCGUAACAGGCUUAUCGUGGUCUCCCUUGAAUAAAAACUCAUUGACAACAGUUGGAUGGGACCAUCAAGUUCUACAUCACACAGUCCCAACACAGAAUAACCAUCGUUCUGGAAAAAACAAUAUCAUUACUGCGUAGUUUGUACUUUCUUGGUCCUUUCCUCUGAAAUGGCUGCUUUUUUUGAGGAGUGGUGGUUAAGUUAUGGGGCUAAAUAUGCUCUUUGCAGCAAAGAACGGUCCUAUAACAAUUUCCAGUUAGAUGAACAGGAGAUGCCUACCAGCUGCUUAUUACAACCAGUCAAAUUCUGCAGGAAACUGAAGUUUUAUAGUGAGAUGCACAAUAAUGCAAACCCUAAAAGAAUUGGCUUCAUUUAAUUUUUGUUCAGUGAUACUUUAUACAACCUCCAAAGUUGUGGAGAUGUGUGUUUUUCUUUGUGUACUUUUUUUUAUUGAAGAAUAAAUCAUACAGAGCUUUCUGGACUUGCCUACCAGAUUUUGAUUGAGAGAUAACAGUUAUGAUUUAACACACUCAGUUCACAUUUGCUUUUGUAGCAUGUACUUCAGCACAGUUGUGAGGCUCAGUGCUUAAAUUUGGUAUGUUCUAGUUUGGGAAUCAUUUAGUGUGCAGCGAAAAAAUCUUUCUCCACUUGCUGUUCCAAUUUCCUGAUACAGAAUUUCUUACACUAUCAACUGUAUAAUAGAAUCCAAGAAUUUUCUUCGAUUUCUGUUUCUUGAACAACAACUCUUUCCACAGUCCUCUAGUGUACAUUGCAGAUAAAACAUCACCUGUAAUAAUAGCAAGAUACAUGCAAAAUAAUUUUUGGCUUAACUUUAGGAUGUACUGUUUAAAAGAAGGAGGAUGCAAAAGUUAGAAAAAGUUGGUUGACAAAAAUAUUCUGCGUAAGAUAUCUAUUUUGGUCCUGGCCCAGCCUUCUAAAUUUCCUUUUUUUAAAUCCACAUCUUUCCCUAAAGAGAGACCGCUUCAGAAAGCCACAUUAGUUAGAACUUCCAUCUACUUUUUCAGCUGAUGGAUAGUUAAUUUUUCAUUCUGCUUUUUUUUCCCCCUGGUCUUUGAUAAGUAAUAUGACAAAAAAGGUAUUCUUGUAAGUUCUAGUAAGCUUGAAAGAAAGUGCAGUUUGCUUUUAAGUUGUCUUACAAUCCUCACUAGAAAAGCCUUCCCAAAUGGGUUUUCUCCAAAAACAUUGGGAUUGCACCAGUUCCAGGAUCUGCAGGCUAAGAAUUCUGGGGAUUACAGGGCAUCAGGUUAGGGAAAACCGCCCUAGAUACUCUUCUGCGAGUUCCCUUAUUUUGCUACUGGGCAGGAAGACUUUGGAGAUAUUUAUAUUAUGACUCCUCAUGUUUUGGUUGAGCCUUUGGAAAUGCAGGGAGGAAGGCGAGAGCCACUUCAAAUCUGAUUGCUUUAAUUUAGAUUGUAUAACACAUCCAGAUAAAUAUGCAUAUGAAUGGAAAAGGGAAAUUGGGUAUUCUGAAAUUAUCAAACAUUCCAGGAUUCCUUGGGUGUAAAUCAGGUUUAAAAUCUUGCAAGGCACAGGCACAUUUCUUCAGUAUGAACUUCUUGGGGAAGGCAUAGAAACAGGCAAGUUUGGUAUGAAAUCUUAGCUGUUGGUGUUGUCCAUAGUUGAUUUUUGAACAGGUAGGCUUUUGUACAUGCAACAUAUUUUAUUCACUGUAUUCAAGCCCAAAUUCCAUCACAGAAUAAAAGUUGUAAAAUAGGCAUAUUCAUGUGGCACAUCAUGGUUUUGUAAUGAGAUGCUAGUAGAACUUCUGGAGAAGGUAGAGAAACGUUAUAGUUAUUUGAUGUUCUUAACAAGUGCUGUUCCAUGACUUUUGUGGAAUACAAAAUGCAUGAUGACCAUACUCAAAUGGAAGGCAGUUUUUAAAAUAAACUUCAUUUUUAAAU